GCGUUUGUGUUGUACCUGUUGGGUGGUACCAGAUCAAUAUAUUGACAUAUUGUCUUGUGUAUAUGCACAAAACAAAGAGAUAAUCUCGGUCGAAAAUGACUGCCAACCCGAGAAUGGCUGACGUGAGAACGGUGUGAGAAGACUUUCCUUGACGGAUCAUGAGAGAGAAGAAUGGUUUCAAGUGUUGGCAACUCGUGGAAUGUUCCUGCUAAGAUGACAAACAAGUCAGAACUGUGGUGGAAACAUUUCUAUCCAUUCCUGUGGAACACUAUACCAAAAUGUGAAAGGACACAGUUUGCUUAAGUUCGUUUCUGAUAAUCUAUUGGAUCCUGUCCCUCUCAAACCAGUUUUCUGAACCCUUUCUUCGGUCAAAAUUCUGAUUUUUCGUUCUGUUGAUCUCUCUACCAUGGUAUCUGUAUUCCCUGGUUGUAGACACAAUACUUUCUUGCGGCUUUCCCAUGACUUAUAAAAUCGACAUACGAUGGACGAAAAAAUUGAGGAGGAACAGCCCAAAUUAUCUAUACCAAAGUCAAGUUCGUUUUCACCGAAAAUCACGCGACCAAAGCUGCCAUCGUUUACCGGCAGCCGGUCCACAAGUCCAAGGUCAAAGACUGACCCUGGCCGAGGUGAUAUUAAGUCGAUAAUGGAAGAUAUCAUGAACCUCAACAAAGUCGAUUUCCCGAAAACCUAUGGUCGAAUGCAUGGAUUGAGGUCUCAUGCAUCCCCAGGAAAGUCCCAGUCAACAAACACAUCUCCUUCUGCGUCACCUGUCGUGGGUUCUCCCAUAGUGGAUGAGCCGCGAUCUGCCUUUUCAAGGAACCGAAGUCGCAGUUUGAAACAGCUUACAGACAAACUCAAAAGUGGUGGAAAGUAUAGCACAGAACACAGAAGUGCUAACAUUCCAGAGGCAUCUGAUGCACUCCCAGACAGAGCGAAACCAACAAGUCCCAUGGAGUCAGAAGCCGAUGCUUGUGGCUCCGAAGCUGAUUUUUGUAAUCAGACUGAAUCAGACACAGCACAGGAAGGACCUCAGGAGGAAUACCCAACAGAUAUGGCUUCAGAUCCUACAGAGAGACAAGUUUUAGAGUCUGUUGCAAUGGUACAGUCUCAGGAUUCUGUUGACCUUGAGAUGGAGGCCCUGACAGGAGAGAGCAGCACUGAUGGGCCUGACGUGCUGGUGAGAGAAGAUCUAGCAGAGAGUGCAGGCAGUGCAGAUAGCCCAGACCUUAUUGGUCUACGUGAGAGAACACCAGAAAGUGACGAUCAGCGAGGAGAUGAUAUCAAGACAAGUCGAUCUUUUGUUCGACUGAAUAUUGAAAAAUCUGGAGAUGAUGAAGGUGUUGGUGAGGGGGAAGGCUCCAGCCCUCAAGUUAGUACUUUCACUUAUCAUCCAAUUGGUCGUAACUCCCCUUUCCUGAAGUUAGCUGCCACUGCUCCAUGUCCUAAAAGACGGACUGGAAUCACAACUUUGGCUACAUUAGGUCGAGUCCAGCAAAUGUAUGGAAGAGAGGAAGCAGGGAGAAGUGACGACCAGUCUAACAAACGAUCCCAGCGCCGUGAACCUAACCAGGGUGGUGCUGGUCAGAAAGUGUCUCCUGUUCGUUUUAUCACACAUCCCCCUCAUAGGAAAGCUACAUUCCGGGAAGAAGGUUCCGUGGAUAGUAAUGGUUUUGGAGCUUUAAAGUCCUCCUCGGGAGAGAGUGAGGAUGACCAGAAACACAGUCAGCUGUCUCUAGCUGACAGUCAGCUCUGUGCCAGUGAGGCAGGGGAUGAUCCCACUUACCAAGAUGUUAUGGAAAGUGUUGUAGGAGAGAGUAACGAUCCUGGUGAUCGGAAAAAUGGUAAAUCUCUAAAACAGAAAUCCAAAAGUGACCCUAGUGGCAGUAAGACUAGGGAGAUGUCUGACUUUCCCCAAGUCAUGGACUCCAACCAGUCUCAGAGUGCUCCUAUCUUGUCCAAGGAGGACCGAGAAGGAAGUCUUGAUGACGACUUCCGGAUAUCUGAGGAAGGGACGAAACCCAAGUCCCGCUCAGAGAACAUUCUCUCCUCAGGAAGCAACAUUGAGGAGAGUAUAGUGGAGCAGUCGACGGAUGAUGAUGAGGAAACAACUGAUGAUGCAAACAAUUUACUUAGUCCCGACUCCCGCAAACAUGCGACAGUGUUCUCUUCAGCUCCCUCCACUCCUCAUCGCCACUCUCCAGUUCCUUCUCUGGAGUGUACAGACCAUCUCCUCAGUGUCCCUGCCCCCAAGAAACCCAUUCUACGAAGUGCAAGCUCAGCCAGUGUGUUACAAAGGAAAGGCCAUGGUUCCAAGGAUAAGGACAAAGAUAAGGAUGUGAUACGGAAGUACAGUAUAACAACAGAUGAGAAGCCAGCCUCCUUGGUUCCUGACUUCGCACCUAUAGGAGAUAACAGUGGAUUAGCUAUAAGUAUGCCCUCAGUGUGGAAGGAUAGGCUUCCCAGCUCAGAGUCCCCAGACAGAGAACCUUCAUUCAUAAAGGACAAACGAUACCAUAUUGUGGAAGAAAUUUACCGCAAUGAAAAAGAAUAUGUAGAGGCCCUCAAGACACUCAAAGAUAAAUACAUGGUCCCACUGAAGACACAGAGUAGCCUAGAUGAUACAAUAGUGGACAAUAUAUUCUACAUGAUACCAGAGAUUCUCACACAUCACUCUAUUUAUCUGGAUUUCUUGGACAACGUGUGGAAGCACUGGGACACGGCCAACAGCACAGUGGGAAACAUCAUCACAUAUAUUUUUUCAAAACAGACUGUGUUAGAGAGCUAUUUAUCAUUUGUGGAGAACUACCGGUUGUCUGGAAAGGUUAUAGAGAACGCCCUCACCAAUAAGUCCUCAGUACAGAAGUUUGUAGAGCAAUGUCAGCGAGACAGUGGCAGCAAGCUGUCGAUGAAGGACCUUAUUGUCCGUCCCAUCCAGAGGAUUCCUCGUUAUGAACUGCUGAUACAGCGUCUUCUGGAGAACACUCCACGUGACCACCCCGACUUCCCCCUGCUCCAGCAGGCGGACAAAGUGAUGCAUGAUCUGGCCAUGCGUAUCGGCAACCUCAACGACAGUCAGCAUGAAGAAGACAUGCAGGAAUCUCUGAAGAAGCUGGAGCUCCUUCUCAUUACUGAUCUGGCAGUCCCAGACAGAACGUACAUCAGACAUGACAUGGUGCAGAUCAUUGCCAAGAAGGACCAAUGCUGUAUGUGGUUGUUCUCUGACCUGAUGAUCUUCAGUUCCAUCAAGAGGAAGAGUGGACCUGUCACACGCAAAGUCUCCAUUAUUCUGAAAUCCCCUGCCGGUCAGGAUUUUGCAGAGAAUAUAAAGCAUAAAGUGUGGCUGAGGAUUGGAUUGGAUGACAUUGAAAUAUUCAAGACCCAGGGUUCUCUGACCCGGAAGGCAACACUAGACCGGGACCAGGUGGAGGAUGAUUUGCACCUGGUCACGCAGAUGACAGAGCUGACUAACAAGAUGGCAUUCCCACACCAGGCGCUGGAUGAUGCACUGAAGGAGAUGUCAACGUCACUGUUAAAGCAGCUCUCUGAAUGUCAUAUUCGCAGCCCCACAUCAGAGUCCAACAAGCUGGAGCUUCUAGUCACAACACAAGAGGGAGUCCACCAGUUUGUGGUGGUGUUCCCCUCUACUGAGAAGAGGAUAACAUGGGAAGCAGCCUUUACAGAUGCCAAAACCAAACUCUCGUUAUUGUCAGACAAGCGAGCACCUGAGUUCUUACAACCUCUACAGAUAACUAAAACGCGUGCUGGCAUGCAGUUUUCCUGUGCGGCCCCUAUUGAUGGCCUAAAUGCUAACGGCUAUCGCGAUGUGUGGGUGUGCAACAGCGAUGGCUAUGUAGGUCACAUGUGCUUGCUGAGUCUUCAGCCUGAGCCAAUCGUCACUCUCAAUACUCCUGUCCCAGGGUGCAAUGCUCGCAUCCUGUGCAUCUGUGCUGUGCCUGCUUACAUUGGAGCGUUUCGGAGAAGAAGCAGCACAAAGGGUCGGCAAAGGCAGCAGCAACGAGACUCAAUUGGCUCUCCCUCAGAGGGUCCGCGUAUUAAUGUAGAGAAAGUAGACGAGGAUGUGGACAAUAUCCCCGAGGAUGGGUAUCAGUCGGACUCAGAGUCGGAUGCUGAGUCGGACGAUGAACCUUUGUCUUUCAUCCCCCAUCAGGAUGAGCUGUUUGUUGGAGAUCUGGUCUCGGAUGAUGAUGCUCCUCCGCGGCCAGUUAUCUCCCCUCUCGCACAGAGCAGCCCUGACCCCAUCAUGACAACAGGAAACUGGAUGCAGGAUGCUCAGAGGAGUACAAUGUGGCUCGGCACUGAGGAUGGCUGCAUCCACAUUUUCCAGUGUACAGAUAAUAUCAAAACAACGAAAAACAAACUCAAAAUCCAACAUGGAUCCCCGGUGUAUGGUAUUGUAUAUCUUGAUAACAAAGUGUUUGUUUCCCUGGCCAAUGGGGAUCUGAUUGUCUAUAAACGGGAGUUGAGCGUGGUAUACAAUGAGGGCCUGUGGGACACAGAGAGACCGUACACACGCACAAUUGGCAGUGCCACGUCCCCGAUCACCAAGAUGUUGGCGGUGGCGGGGAAACUCUGGUGUGGCUGUCAGAACAACAUCCAUGUUAUAAACCCACUCACGCUCAGUGUCGAGACGUUCCAGGUGACGACAGACGCCAACCGCUCCGUGCAGUGCAUGGUCUGUGCUGGACAGGGGGUGUGGAUUGCCUGUCAACAGUCCUCUAAAGUCAGCCUUUUCCAUGCCACCACCUUUGAACCCCUCCUAGACGUCAGCAUAGCUCAGGCUGUGUCUGCCAAACUGCAGUCGGCUGAUGACAUUAUUCGGCAACACAAGGCAGCAUGUUUGCGGAUCACAGCUCUGCUCAUCUGUAAGGACCUGCUGUGGGUGGGGACGAGUGCUGGAGUCAUCCUCACCAUCCCCAUCCCCAAGAUCACCUCGACCACAACCAAUGGUUCUCUGGCCAUCCCUUCUGUCACAGGCCUAGUCUAUGGGCACACAGGACAUGUCCGCUUUCUGACGAGUGUGGAGCUCUCCAUAGGAGGAAGUCAGAAAAGUGAGGCUAAGGAAUCUCAGGGCGAGGGAAGUGCCAUGCCCGACCUUCACAGGCGGUCCUCAAUGGCAGCUACAAUUGCUACCAUGGCAACACGAAUGCUUGUGAUAAGUGGCGGGGAUGGUUACGAGGAUUUCCUCAAUACAUCGGCCAACGAAGCAGCGGGCCGUGACGAUAGCACAAAUCACCUACUGUUGUGGCAGGUGUGAGAGGAACCGAUGGACGGAUGACUGACUUUCCCACUGGGUGGCAGAUCACAGGCUUUCAUUUACUGCUCAACACAACCAACUUACAGACAGUCUGCCAUCAUACAGUCAUCAGCCCGACUUCAAAGUUGGGGAUUGAGGAUCUGUGCUGAUAGCCAAGUGUUCAUUAUAUUAAAAUUCAAAUUCAGUGGUUCAAGAAUUGACCAACCAAUGCCAAAAUCUUAAUCAUAAUAUACAAUGUACUGUGUAAAACAUAUUGUCUUUCUUGACAGGUGUUACCAUAGGUAAUAAAGCUCAAAGACCUGUAAUAGAGCUUGAAUAUCCUCUCAGCAUAUUUUUCCAAAAAUAUAUAAUUUGUCAAGGGAGGAAAUGAAAAAAUUCAAGCGCUGAUCUAAAUUAUUGUGUUGUGAUGGGACAUGGGAUGCAUAGUUUCAUUCCUAACUAUAUCACCUCUGUUGAGGUGCUUUUCAAGUCCUGCCAAUAUAGAGACCCAUGGACAAUGGUGAUCUGCACAUGAGUGCUGGAAAAUGACAUUAUCCAUUGUCAUGGAAUCAGAGAUUUAGUCGAUACAUGGACAUUUGUGAAAACGUUACUGAGCUGUGCCUGCCCGAUCUGCCCCCAGCUGGACAUGGUGUGUUACGUGUGCAUAUCUACUUGGUGCUCAUCUGAAAACAGGUUGUGAAAUAUUCAUCAACCAGAGGUAUUUUGCUUGCAAGUAUUUUAAAUUGUCUAUUUAUUUCAGUUGUACAUAGUCGCCCAUGCUGUACAGAGUUGGGAAUUGAAGGAUGGCUGAGAUGGGAGAGAAUUAUUGGGCAAACAUAGUACCAAUGUCAUUCACUGGAGGCUACCUAAUUCAGUGCAUCUAUCAUGAGCACAAGAAGGCCUCUUUGCACAAGUUCAAACUAUAUCCAGUUAGUAGUACAGUAUCCAGUUAUAUAGGCCAUGUUGUGACACUACACUUAUUAUUUUUAAGUGGGAUUUUUGGUACGCAAAUACAAAUUGUUACAAAUUUUCAGUUGUUUGAUUUGCAAUAGGUUGUCAAUUCAGUCUCAAAGGAUACAUGAAAUACUUCCGAUAUAUAAUCUAGAUUGAAGUAAGAAAAUGAAGGUAUGAAAUGUUAUCGAAGCAGACAAUGUGAGAGGUUUUACAGUCAGAUUUAUUAUCAUCUAAUCAAAUUUUGAGUUUCAAGGUGUAAUAUUCAGUAAGUGUCAGAAAGUAAUUUAUGCCAAUAGGCCAGUAUUAAAGCAUUGAUAUAUGCUAACAGGACAUUUACUUAUCCCUUAUUUACUAUUUAGAUGGUGGAUCUCCCACUCCACUUGUUGCUAUCCCAGAUAUAUCACAGCUUCUAUUCCUAUUUGUUCUAUAAGAUCUGUUUUAAAGUUUACGUGUUUAUGUAAAAGAUAUUCAGGUGGAUUAGCCCUGUGGUUAAUGUGUUCUUUUCUGGAUGUGUUUGAUUCCCAAAGUGCUACUGUCAGAUUCUGGGCCCUGGGUAACCUCUCACAAAGCACGAAGGUGAUCGUAAGUCACUAAGAUAACCUUAGUGCAAUGUUAAAGAAUGGGAGUUAAGGUUAACCUUAGUAG